AUGCGGGGUGAAGGUCUUAUCGUCGAUUCAGUCCUUCGGGUCGACCGCCCGGGCUCCACGCGGCCAAGCGUCCACUCAUAUUACCUACCGGCCAUGGCGCGAUCGCGCUUUAGUCACUUUUGCGGAAAAGUAACCCUGAACAGUCGAGCUUAUCCGAUUGAUGCGGGGCCCCUAGGCGUGAUUCUCGGUCGCCCACGGGCCGUCAGCCGAGAUCCCCUCGCGCGCGAAUUUCGAGAGUGUUCUCUUGAGUAA